AUGGCAAUUUCUAACUUUCUAAACCCAAGCGACGAAGAAGAGGAUAUACAAAAUGGGACACCAAGCGAGGACGAGGUUCUACAAGAGGUUAUUGAUGAGCAUCUAGGUCUUCAGCAGACUCAAGAAGAUGACGAAGAAGAGUUUAGAAUCAGAGCGCUCUUUACAUUCUGUGAAGAGCGCUCGUCAAGCACUCCAAUACGUUAG